AGACGAAAAAAUGUUGUUUACAAAAAUUUCAAGAGAUGAGUUGCAAGAGCUUUUCUUGAAAUAAUUAUUGACGACUUUACGUGAAAUGUAAAUGAAAUAUUUAUUUGCAUAUGCUAUAAUUUUAUCGAAGCAGAAGUUUUAUAGCAUAUUUAAUAAAAAAACGUAAAUAAUGAAACAAUUUUUGAUUUUCUAUCAAUUAUGCACUUCAACUUUUAAUUGAAGUGGCUACCGCCUUCAAAUUUCAAAACCCAAUCAAAACGCUUGAAUAAACUGCCACAUUUUCGAAUGCUUUAUCUUGAAAAGAAUUUUUAAAUUGCUCAUGUGUAAAUUCUAAAGAUAAAUUUUAAUUCAUUUGAACUUAAUUUGUGAAAUCAUGGAAUCUAGUAUAAUUUGUAAACUAAGAAGUGCCAAGUUCGCUUCGGAAAAUGUUAAACAUAUUUCUGUUAAAGAUGCUUCAAAGCGGGCUGCUGAUCCUUUGCCAGAUAAUGUUGGUAAAAAAAGAAUACUGGGUGAUAUCACAAACAAGAAUGUUUCGAAUAAAAAAGUUGGAUUUGGUAACAACAAAAAAGGAAAGAAUAACUCUCAUAGCUACAUUGUGAGUGAAGUUGAAAAAAUUAAAAUCAAGGAAGAAACACCCAGUCAGGAAGAGAAUAAAGAAUCAGAACUGUCUGAGUCUUCAGAAAAUACUAUGUAUGUAACUGCUUUGGAAGACAGUGUUAUAGACAUUAGUCCAUGUAAAGAAGAGAAGAAAGAAGAGCUUGUGAAAGAACCUUUGCCUCCUGGUGUGGAGGAUUUUGAUAAAGCUUGUCUAGAUGAUCCAUUUAGUGUUCCUCAAUAUGUUGCUGAUGUUUUUAAAUACUAUAAAGAAAGAGAAACUAAAUUUGUAAUAAGUAACUACUUAGACAAACAGCGUGAGAUGACAAAGUCUAUGAGAGCUAUUCUUGUUGAUUGGAUGGUUGAAGUGCAAGAGAGUUUUGAGUUGAAUCAUGAAACACUCUAUUUGGCAGUUAAAUUAGUCGAUUAUUACCUUAUGCAUCACUUUGUAGUCAAGACAAAAUUGCAGUUAAUUGGUGCUACAGCUCUUUUUAUUGCUUCCAAGUAUGAUGAGAGAGUACCACCUCUUGUUGAUGACUUCUUGUAUAUAUGUGGUGAUAGUUAUGAUAGGGAUGAGAUGCUUGAGACUGAAAUAAAAAUUUUGAAAACUGUGGACUAUGACUUGGGAAUUCCACUAUCAUACAGAUUUCUCCGUAGAUAUGCCAGGUGUGAUCGAAUUCCUAUGGAUUUAUUGACACUAGCUAGAUAUAUUUUGGAAACUUCCCUGAUGGAUUACGAUUGCAUUGAUGUAUUAGAUUCCAAAAUUGCUGCAGCUGCUUUAUUACUGGCUUUAAAGAUGAAAUCUCAACAUUGGACUCCCACACUUCAAUAUUAUUCUGGAUAUUCAGAAGAAGAAUUGAUAGAAAUUGUGAUAAUACUAAAUAAGAGCAUUUCUAAUCCUCCACGAAAACUGCUUCAAACAAUACGAACAAAGUACUCCCAUCAGAUAUUCUUUGGAGUUGCCAAAAUUCCUCCUUUAUCUGCAGCAACCUUAGAAUAAAUGCUGUGAAAAAUUUGCUCAAAUACUCACUUCAUAAAUUUUAAAAAAUAAAAUAAAACAUUUGUAUAUUUUCAUUAGAUGUGUAAAUACAUUUGAAAGAAGUCUAAUAGUUGGACUAAAUUUUGUAUAUUUGUUUGUAUUUUUACAUGAUGUGUAUUUUGUCUGUAAUUUUCUUUUUAAUGUAAUCAUGAAAUUAUAAAUGGACCAAUUCAGAACUAUUUAUUUUCAGGUGCAAUUCUAAAAUUGAAAGAUGUUAUGUUUUCUUGAUUUGCAUCUGACCAAAGUCAAUUAUGACUGGUUUAAAUUUUACGAAAUAAAAUAUUUAAAUAAUA